AUGAGACUAUCUUACCGUGUUGGUCUGGCCGCACUCUUUAUCUUCGCCAUCUUCCUGAUUAAGCGACACCUCGACUUCCUUCAGGAUGAUACGCGGGCCCAGUCUUUUUGGCCGCUCAAUAUAAAUGGGAAUCCCGGGACUCACGAGACACCAAAUGGACGGGCCUCACAAGGGAAGGAACCCCUCAUCGUCACCCAACCGACUUACGAAACGACCCCGAUUAUCGUGCCCAAUGAUCGAGUGAUUGUAAUGGCCAAACUGGCAGCGGAGGAUACAUCGUGGGUCAGCAUUGAACUCGCAGAAUGGCGUAACUUCAUUUAUACCGUCGACGAUCCGAACGCACCCCGCCAUACCCCCGUGAACAAGGGUCGCGAAAGUCUCGCAUACCUUCAAUAUAUCGUUGACCAUUACCACGACCUCCCCGCAACACUGAUCUUCCUUCACAGCCACAAGGACGGCUUCCCUGGGGCCUGGCACACGGAUUCGACGGAUUAUAGUAACGUGCAGGCGAUGCGUACCCUUAAGAUCGACUACGUACAACAAAACGGCUACGUCAAUCUUCGGUGCCAGGAAGACCCGGGUUGUCCCAGUGAGAUCAGACCGAGCUUGGAAAAUAGCCCUACCGGAAAACCAGCCGAUAAGAUUUAUGCGCAGGCGUGGAGGGAACUUUUCAACAACACCGAUGUGCCCAACGAGGUUGGUGUGCCGUGUUGCUCUCAAUUCGCUGUUUCGCGGGACCAAGUCUUGAAGCGUCCUCUUAGUGACUAUGAGUGGUUCUACUCUUGGGUGCUGAACAACAAUUUGAAGGACGACGAAACGGCGCAUGUGAUGGAGUAUACAUGGCAUAUCAUUUUCGGAAAAGAUCCAGUCUAUUGUCCCGACACUUUCGAGUGUUACCGGGAAGUUUUUGGAAAUCCGUUUUUCUGGUAA